AUGGUGCCUAUGGCAAAGUGUGACAAGGUACUGGACUCGGACAUGCAAGACAUCAUCCGGCAGCUGAUGAACAGGACCCCCUUCAGGAAGCAGGUGAUGAUGUUCAGCGCCACUCUCAGCGAGAAGAGACAGCUGGACUACAAGAAGUGGAUGGUAAACCCCAAGAUCAUCCUGGUGGAUGAGGGCAAACUGGUCCUCCACGGACUCACCCAGUUCUACCUGCGCGUCCCCGAAGAGCAGAAGUUCGAACGACUGAUCCUGCUGCUGGACACGCUGGCCUUCAACCAGGUCAUCAUCUUCACCAACCGCGUCGACAGGGAGGAAAGGAUCAAGAACUACGACCUGUUCAAAUCCAACAGCUCGCGAUUGCUGGUCGCCACUGAUCUCUUCGGACGGGGGAUCGACAUCGAGAGGGUGAACCUGGUGAUCAACUACGACUUCCCGCCUGACAGGGACACCUACUUGCACAGGGUGGGCAGGGCAGGCAGGUUCAAUACUCGCGGACUGGCCAUCAACUUCCUGAGGGGCGAGGGAGGCGACGACGAGGCAGUGCUGAAGGAUGUGCAGAAUGGCUUCCAAGUCAAAAUCGAAGAGCUUCCCAACGAAAUUGAUCCUAUGAAGUUUAUGUGA